AUGGGUAAGCGGAAGAAGUCCUCCAGAGGACCAGUCAAAAAACUAAAACAGAAGCUCGACACACAAUUCACGUGUCUUUUCUGUAAUCACGAGAAGGCGAUCAACUGUACAAUUGACAAGAAGUCUAAUAUUGGUACGUUGACGUGCAAAAUCUGUGGACAGUCGUUCCAGACCUCUAUAACUUCAUUAUCGGAGCCGAUAGAUAUAUACUCCACUUGGAUAGACGCAUGUGAA